AAUCCUCUUCGUUCUGUUGUAAUCAAUUCCAAGACUUGUCUCUCAAUGCUGUAUUUGUACUGGGCGUCCGUAUAUAUCCAUCUUUCCUUUCUGAUAAAGCCACUCACCUUGAUUAUUCACUACGUUAGUUUUUAUCUUAUCAGUUCAUGAUCGCCAGAACGCACUUCAUAAAACUGUGAUAGAGAUACGGUUGCAUGGUCCGUACAUUACCUGAUUUUCGAUUUUCAAUAAAAAUUGAUCGAGUUCGCGAAGUGUUAGCACCCGACAACUGCCCCCAUGUGAUCGAGACUUGAUUCCUCUUCCAAAAUGACAUUGAAAGAUAAGAAGAUCAGGAUUACCGUGGUCGGGGAUGGUGGCAUAGGGAAAACGUCGAUGUUGAUCGCCUACAAAGACAAAACAUUCGACGAUUCUCAGUAUAUACCCACAGUGUUCGACGUGUAUUCAAUGACCGUUCCCAUAAACGGGGAGGAUUAUACUGUUAUCCUCUCUGAUACAGCUGGUCAGGAGGAGUUUGACAAACUCAGGAAGUUCGCAUACAAAAACGUAGACGUAUUCAUCCUUUGCUACUCGACUACAGAGAGGAACAGUUACGAAAACGUUAGGACGCAGUGGAAUCCAGAAAUAAAGCAUUCUUGUCCACACGCAAAAAUCGUUCUAGCAGGGACGAAAGCUGACGACGUGCAGAAUACGCAAGUACUCGAAAACGAGGGGAGGAAACUGGCCAAGACCAUCAAAGCAGACGAUUUUAUUCAGAAUUCAGCCAAAACCAGAUAUAACAUUCACGAGACCUUCGCCAAGGCCAUAGGGGUGGCCCUAAGGUCCAACAACGACUCUCGAAAACCAGAAUGUUGCUCAGUUCUGUAGCAGGUGCAAUUUGUUGUUUGUUAAAGUUUUGGAUGAGAAAUGCCCAGAGGAAUAUUGAAAUAUUUGUUGUCUACUCGUUAAGGCACUGAUUAAAAUUUGAAAUUCUGUGAUAAAUUAUAAAAUAUGAUGAUAAUA